AGCAAGAGAUGCACUUUGGUUAUCAACUCUCUCUGUCUGUCUCUCUCUCCCUCUCUCUUUUCUGGUGUGGAGCAAUCAGAAGAGUGAUAUAGCAUUGCAUGUGUGGUGAGGCUCAGAGGGACUGGAAGCGACACUGGCACACGCACGCAGACGCGCACACACGCAGAACCGAGGGGAACGAAGUAAGCACCUGCUGUUGCCUCAGUUUGCCCGCCCGACCACAGUUCAUUUGUCCCGGGUGGGAUUCCCAAACCUUGCAGAUUGGACCCAGGAGAGACCCAAACAUACCCCUCCCCCCCCCCGCUCAUAACCCGUGAGACAGGGGGACACAGGCCCCGACCCAACCCCCAGCUCCCCCGGUCCGGCCCGGUACUGCACGAGCACAGGAAGCCCUUCUCAUUUCACGUCCGGCUGUGGGGGGGCACAAAAUGGCGGAGCUGGGACCCGCCCACCCGUCCGGCGCGUCGCCGUCGGAAACGCAGGACGACUGGUGCGCGAACCUGAGCUGCUACAUGGCGCUGACGGACGCGGAGAAGACGGCCAUCGGCUCCGUCUGCUUCCUGGCGGGCCCGGCGACGUUCCUGGAGAACGCGCUGGUGCUGGGCGCCAUCGCCGCCUCCCGCCGCCUCCGCCGCAGGCCCUCCUACCUGUUCAUCGGCAGCCUGGCGCUCGCCGACGUCUUCGCCAGCUGCUUCUUCACCAUCAGCUUCCUGGACUUCCACCUGCUGCGCCGGCGCGACGGCCGGGACGCCUACCUGUUCAAGCUGGGCGGCGUGACGCUGGCCUUCACCAGCUCGCUGGGCAGCCUGCUGCUGACCGCCAUCGACCGCUACGUCUGCAUCCACCACGCGCCCCGCUACAAGGCGGUGCUGACCCGGCGCCGGGCGCUGGGCGGGCUGGCCGCCCUGUGGUCCGUCAGCGUCCUGGUCUCCUUCCUGCCCCUGAUGGGCUGGACCUGCCCCACCGGGCUCACCCCGCCCUGCUCACGCCUCCUGCCCUACAUUCACAACCAGUACCUGGCCUGCUGGACCGGCUUCAUCCUCACCCUGCUGGGGCUCAUCCUGGUGGCCUACGGCCUGGUGCUCUGGAGGGCCCACCAGCACGAGGCCUCCAUGGCGCGGCUGGGCGGCGGGGCCGGGGGCCACGCCCGCAUGCGGAUGGACAUCCGGCUGGCGCGCACGCUGGGGCUCAUCCUGCUGAUCUUGGCGGUGUGCUGGCUGCCCGUGCUGUCCUUCAUGCUGGCCGACGUCUCGCACCGGCUCACGCGCACGCACCAGCGGGUCUUCACCUUCUGCAGCAUGCUGUGCCUGGUGAACUCCGCCGUGAACCCGCUGCUCUACGCCCUGCGCUGCCAGGAGCUCCGCCAGGCCCUGCAGAGGGCGCUGGGCCGGUGGCGGGGGCGCUGCGGGAGGUGCCGGGGCCGGGGGGGGGAGGGCAGGGAGGCGCCGGGCGCCCCGUCGCUCUCCAACACCGAGGCCAACACCGGCAGCAGCCCCGGGUCCGAGGACGAGCCGCUCGGAGGCUCGCUGUCGGAGGCGGUGGACAAGCAGCAGCUGGCCGUGUUCAGGAAGUGA